AGUGCGCGGGCCGCCGACGCUCUAGUUCAGCCACCAACUCGGAGAAUGGGAGUAUAUAAGGAGAGCGGCGCGUGUGCGCGCGACACUCGGAGGAGAUCGCCAUGAAACUGUUCGUGCUCGCCGCGUUGGUCGCCGUGACCGUGGCCGCACCUCAGGGUGCCAGGACGGCGUCGUCCACACCCAUCCCCAUUCUGGAGUACCAGAACGACUUCGGCGGCGAUGGCAACUACCAGUUCAGGUUUAAGACUGGCAACGAGAUCGAUCGCGAGGAAGAGGGGGCGCUGAAGGAGGUGGUCGUGCAGAACGACGAGGGCCAGGACGAGGUGCGACGCGUCAACGUCGUCAGAGGAGUCAUACGUUACCCCAAGGAGGACGGCUCCUUCUACGAAGCUCAGCUACAUUGCCGACGAGCUGGGCUUUCGGCCGGUGAGCUCCGACAUCCCGACGGCGCCGUUGCCUUGAGAGACGCGCUCGGCCCGGGGGGAGACCAGCGGAGAUCUGUAGCGGAGACGACGGAGAUCUGUAGCGGAGACGAGCGGAGAUCUGUCGAGCAUUCGAGACUCGAGACGCUCGAGAUGCACCGUUCCAGCCACGCGCCCCACCGACCGCCUGUUUUGUUGUGUCGUACAAGGAUGUUCUUGACUAUGUGUUAACGCGCGGUUGCGCAGGUUAUUUCAAUAAAUAUAUGUUUAAGUGUCUGU